AUGCUGCAAUUACUAUUAACACCCGCCAACUUCCCAAACCUCACGAACGCCGACUUCAUCAGCAGCUUCAUCUUCUACCCCGAGCACCACGACGCCAAUGUGCAGGCUCGACUGUUCUCUCGUGGAGAGCCUGCGGUCUAUAACCUUGAUGAUCCCGAGGACGUGCGACUCCUCGCUGAACUCACGAGGCGGGACCCCUCCGGCCUUGGCGGCAUACGGGCGGCGAGAUACCCGUCACUUUUCCGCCUUGCUGAUAACGAAGCCAAUGGGAACAUGACCUGGCCCGUGUUCCAAAGGCUGUUGUCAAGGAUCUGGCUGGUGAUGCAACUUCACUGGUCUCCUGUGACGUUUACCACGGUAGGACUUAGCAACGAAUGGGGACCGGAGACAGUAGCCUGGAGACGUAUGAUGGGGGCCAGAAUUCCCACUUUCAGAAGGGUCCGCGUUGUUUGCCUGGGCGAAUCGGGCCCUGGCGGUGUGUCUGCACGAAACCCUUAA